AGGUGACGGCCUUUGUCGGGGGCUGUGAAUGGACCUGUGCCAUCCCACAGCCAUGAAGCAGGUGGUUGCCUACAAAAGCUCCUGCGUUUGUGAAUGAGUCUGAAACCAAGCUGAAUGCAGGGCAGCGUGGCACCUUAUGGAGAGAGAACCAGCGCAGGGAACCACCUCCACCUACUACGGGCGUAGCAAGACCAGUGGUCUAGAAUCAACCAAAACCCGACUCAAAUAGUGCUGAAGAAUAAUGGCUGCCUUCAACAAACUGAUUAUUGGUAUUGCUGUUACUAGUUUCACCAUUUUCCAACUUCUGUUCCAUGUUUUAAGUGCUUGGGCAUCAGCACGGAUAACUCCUGGUUUUAAUAGUCUUAACCAAAAAAGGAAGAUUGAAUGGAAUUCAAGGACAGUAUCCACGUUCCAUGCCUUGGUGGUUGGUGUGUUUUGUGUAUAUAUUUUAUUGUAUGAUGAAGCUGUUAAUGCAGACCCUAUCUGGGGUGACCCUUCAAUUGUGAAACUGAAUAUUGCUAUUACCACAGGCUACCUCAUUUCUGAUUUGCUGCUUAUUACUUACUAUUGGAAGGCAAUUGGAGACAUUUUUUUUGUAAUUCAUCAUUUGAUGGCUCUAUAUGCUUAUUACUUUGUGCUGGGUGAAGGAUUAUUGGCUUAUUUUGGUAAUUUUCGUCUGCUUGCAGAGUUCUCUACUCCUUUUGUGAAUCAACGAUGUGCAAUUUUUCCCUGCAAAUUUGAUCUAAAAAUAAAAGUUGCUAUGGGUUUGUCAGCGUCAUCUCCAUCCCUUGCAGUUCAGUCACCCAAUGUAUCUGAACAUCAAACAGCAUCUCCACCUUCAGAAUGUCCAAUGCAUCAGAAAAAAAUGGAAGGUUGUGCAGUGCACGUAAAAUCAUCUGACCAGGGAGCUGAAAACCAAAACGUUGUUCCUGCACAUCAAGAACACGCGUAUGAAUAUGUGGUGUGUCCUGUUAAAUCUGGUUCAUCUCAAACAACAGAUGAUAUAGACCCCAGAAAUAUGAUGCCACCUCCUAAUCAGGUGCCAUCCCCAGAUCAACCAUUUCCACUGUCAACUGUCAGAGAAGAGUCUACCAUUCCUAGAGCAUACUCUGAAAAAAAAUGGGUUUAUCCUUCAGAGCAAAUGUUUUGGAAUGCUAUGCUUAAGAAAGGAUGGAGGUGGAAAAAAGAUGACAUCUCUCCUGAAGAUAUGACUAAUAUUAUUAAGAUUCACAAUCAAAAUAAUGAGCAAGCUUGGAAAGAGAUUUUAAAGUGGGAAGCUCUUCAUGUCGUGGAAUGUCCAUGUGGACCAACAUUGAUUCGAUUUGGUGGUAAAGCUAAGGAGUAUUCACCAAGAGCCAGAAUACGUUCAUGGAUGGGAUAUGAACUUCCUUUUGACAGACAUGAUUGGAUAGUUGAUCGUUGUGGAAAGGAAGUCAGAUAUGUUAUUGAUUAUUAUGAUGGUGGAGAAGUAGAUAAGGACUAUCAGUUCACCAUCUUGGAUGUCCGUCCUGCAUUUGAUUCCAUCUCUGCUAUAUGGGACAGGAUGAAGGUAGCUUGGUGGCGCUGGACUUCAUAACUAGCUACAUACUAUGUAAUCAACACCUAAAACUGUAUUCGCCUAAACUGAAGAGGAGAAGAGAGUGGAACUUUAAAUAAAGUUCAUAGUGGCUAUACUUACCUUAAUUUGCCAACAUUAUCCUUCCUCAUUGGGAGGCAGGGGGAUGACAUGUCUUUUUCUUAUGAACUGGUACUUCAUGCUGUCUUUAAGUAAAGAAUAAGGUGUGUGUCUUUUUUCAUCUGGUCAAAUUUUGGUGCUCCUAGUUUCCUUAGAAAAGAACAGAAGAAUUAUCAAAAAUAAUUUUCUGCAAGCGCUCAAGGUUUUCAAAGCUAUUUAUGAAGUCAUUUUGGAAAGUGAGGUGGAAAAUCCUAAUGUGUGCUUUAUGGUUGAUUUAAAGCUAUAAGGCAAAAUUAAUUAAUCGAGCCCUAUGCAAGCACAUUGAGGCCUUGACCCUGAUUGGGGUCUCUGGGCACUACUGCAAGGUGUUUUGUAAAUGCUUUUAGCUGGUUAUUAUAAACAGUACUCAGAUUCUCCUCAUGGUGGGUGAAAUAAAACAGUCUAGCUAAAUGAUUACAGCAAGCAAUUACUCUUGCUUUAUUUAAGGUUCUGUGUUGUCAUAUGCUGGCAUUUUAUUUCUUCAAAUCUACAUUUUCUCAGUUUUGCUCAUAUCUACUCUAUUUAAUUAAAAAAAAA